AUGAUGGCGGCCAACCGAAUGUCCGUCCUGCAGAGAUUGCAGGGGAGGGGCCCGGGAAGUAGGCCUGCGAUCUUCUCUCAAGGCAUUGGAGGACAGCUCAGCAGGCCAGCGGGCGAGAGGAGGUCCAUUGCACUUUGCCAGCUCGAUUCUGAAGGGGACAGAAUGGCAAGCUCUACAUCAUCCUUUUCCCAAGUGCCCCCAACGACAAGCGAAGAUGACGAGCUGAACCAGAUAGAGGACGACACUGCUGGCCUCCUCCAGAGUCCUCUGCAGGGCCAACCACGCGACACGCAGUCCCCAUGGUGGAAGCCUCCAGCGUGGGCCUGGAUAAUGGCAAUGUGCACUGCCAGCGUCGUGAUCAGCUACGCGGACCGCACAAACGUCUCCACUGCCAUAAUCCCCAUGGCCAAAGAGUUCGAUUGGAGCAAAGAAGAGCAGGGGUUCAUCCUGUCAGUUUUCUUUGUUGGCUACGCCAUCACCCAGGUCAUUGGGGGUUCGCUCAGCGACAAGGCUGGUGGCAAGGGGGUCCUUGCUGGCGGGAUAACCAUCUGGUCCCUGUGCACAUUUCUGACUCCAGAGGCUGCAAGGGCGGGGUGGCCUGUCCUGAUUGCCAACCGCAUUGUGCUUGGUCUCGGCGAAGGGGUGGCUUUCCCAGCGAUUCAUUCAAUCAUCUCCAACAAUGUCCCUUUCUCAUUCCAGUCCUCAGCGGCGUCCAUCGCCACUUCUGCAUCAUACGCCGGGACAGUGCUGGCGUUUUUUGUCAGCCCCCUCAUAAUCGGUGCCUGGGACUGGCCAUGGGUGUUUUACCUGUUUGGCGGACUGGCACUGUUCUGGAUCCCAUUCUGGCUGCCCAUGGCAGUGAGUUCCCAGACACCGCAGAGCAGGAAGGCUUUCCCCAAAGAUGCCAACGGUGAUGACACUGAAGGGACGAUGUCAUGGAAUGGCCCGGAUGAGGACAGGGGUUCAGGGGGCAUCAUCACUGAAAUCAGACCGUUGGCAUCCCCACAGGGUGCCCGAGCCUCAUGGAUCUCGGAAGCCAGGGAGCUGCUCCCCCUCAUGGCCACCAAGCCCGUCCUGGCCAUCUGCAUCGCCCAGUACACGCAGUCUUGGGGCAUGUACACCCUCAUAAACUGGCUGCCCAGGUACUUCCACGACGUCUUCGAGAUUGAGGUCAAGGACGUUGGAAUGUACACCCUGGGCCCCUACAUCGUCCAGUUCCUUGUGGGCAUGGUGGCUGGCCCCAUGGCGGACAGGCUCCUGGCCAGGGGCUGGCACGUUGUCACUGUCAGGCGGGUCUUUCAGUCGGUUGGCAUGCUGGGACCUGCGGUGUGCCUGCUCCUGGCGACUCAGCCGUCGGUAGCCAGCUCGGUUGACUUUGUGACAACAGUGAUAACCUUGGGCCUGGGACUGAGCGCCUUCUCCCUGGCAGGGGUGAGCGUGAGCCACCUGGACGUCGCUCCCAAGCACGCGGGUGCCAUCUUUGGGAUCGGGAACACUGCAGCGACCGUGGCCGGCUUUGUAGGCGUGUGGGCUGUGGGGGGGAUUUUGGAGCAGACACACUCGUGGUCUUUGGUCUUCGCCGUGGCCACGGCACAUUAUGCUGUUGGCGUGGCGUUCUGGAACGUGUGGGUAAGGGGGGAACCACUCCCCCAAGAUCGGACGUGA